AUGCCCGCCAAGGAACUCAUCCAGAGGCCGCUCAGCUAUCUGGCAUCUCGAAUUCGUCAAGCAGUUACUAACCAAGGCUCUCGUGGGCAAGUAGAAGCAUACGCCUCGCUUGUCCGACAGGAUCCCAGAAACAAGGCGCCCCCGUUUUUCGGCGAAAGUUCCAUGCAGUUCAUCUCAUUCACCAACGCUCAAAAAGCAAACUUCUAUGGAUUUGACUUCUCUGCUGCUACUAAAAAGCCACGUAGUACGUCUCUGUUGCCGUCUUACGUGCAAAUCCUUCACGGACCAUAUAACUUCACCAAUGGAGUUAUUAUCUUGGGGAAAGACGACAAGGGUAGCUACUGGCUGUCCGGGUACGGGAUUAAGGGGUUCUGGGGUUUGAUAGAGAGAGAGACAGCGGAAGAAAAUAUUUGCAUGAGGCUCAAGUCGCGAUUAUAG